CAUGCAGAUGUUGGUCGAGAAGCAUGGAGAACCUUUCUGGACUGCUGGUUUUCUUCCUAACUAUACACUCAGUAUAUUCUCUGAAGUGUUAUGUGUGCAGUUCCACUCCAUCUAAUGAGUACUGCAACAGAAAUGCAGAGGAGUGUCGGGCUCCUCUUGAUACCUGCAUGACCACUGUGGACAUACUGGGUGAAGUGAAAGUGAUCGUGAAGCAGUGUUCCAGUUUGAGAACAUGUGCAGGGGCUGCAGGCACUGCCUCACUUGAUGCAAGCGGAAAUGGAAAUGAAGUUGCAUGCUGUAGCAGUCACCUGUGCAACUUCAACACUGCAACAACCAUUCAGCUGUGCACAUGGCUACUGAGUCUACCCUUGUGUCUACUCACCCUACUCAUUAAACAAGAGGUUUAAAGAUACACAAACUCAGCUCUAUUCAGUUUACACUUUUAUCUGACUAGAGAACUCCGUGCAAGUGCUCAAUAUUAAAAGGCCAGUUAAUUUUGUCAGAGCACUGAAGUUUAAGAACCUUGCUUUAUGUUUGGUAAUGGAGACCUGUAAUAAAAUUAACAUGGUCUUUUGUGGAUGUUAAUGAAUAUUGUUCGCACUCUCUGCCAUGCUUUACCUACCAACCAAGCAAAUUAAUUAAUUAGUUAAAAUAUAUGCACAGGGAAGACAUAAUUGCACUAAGACAAGUUUUUCAUUCUUAAGCUGUAUUUCUGUUAAUGACAGUUCACUUAUUAAGUAGUUAUAGUACUAUUGUGCUAUCACAUGUUUAACCAUUAAGUUACCACUUGCAGACGAAUAACUUGGUGUGAUGUGUUAAUGUAACAGUUAGUUCUGUUUAAUUCCUGAUGAAUGUCUAUUGGCAAAUAGUGUUCAAGUAUUCCAAAUAAAAUACAACUACGUGUAACUACACUCACAUGUACUCUUAAUCAGGACGA